GCCAAGCUAGAAUCUAUGGAGCCUUUCUUUAGCGUUAAGGAUAGGAUUAGUUAUAGCAUGAUUUCAGAUGCUGAGGCAAAAGGCCUUAUCAAACCUAGGGAGAGUGUCCAUAUUGAACUUACAAGUGGUAACACUGGCAUAGGCUUGGCAUUCAUGGCAGCAGCAAAGCGAUACAGGCUUAUCAUUACGAUGCCUUCAAUUCUCAUUGGUUUUGGUGUUGAAGUGGUGCUCAUUGACCCCGCAAAGGGAAUGAAAGGUGCUAUUCAGAAAGCUGAAAAGAUACGAGACAAGACACCUAACUCCUACAUUCUUCAGCAGUUUGAAAAUCCUGCCAACCCGAAGAUACAUUAUGAAACCACUGGACCAGAAAUCUGGAAAGGGUCAAACGAAAAAAUUGAUGCUUUUGUUUCCGGAAUUGGUACUGGAGGGAUGAUCACUGGUACAGGAAGGUUCCUUAAAGAGCAGAACCCUGGUAUAAAGCUGUUUGGUGUGGAACCUGUUGAAAGUCCUACUCUCUCUGGAGGAAAACUUGGUCCUCAUAAGAUUCAAGGAAUUGGUGCUGGUUUUAUUCCUGGGGUUUUGGAGGUUGAUCUUAUUGAUGAAGGAAUUCAAAUUUCAAGCGAUGAAGCCAUAGAAACUGCAAAGCUUCUAACAUUGAAAGAAGGGUUGCUAGUGGGAAUAUUAUCUGAUACUGCAGCUGCUGCUGCAAUUAGGAUUGCGAAGAGACCAGAGAAUGUUGGAAAACUCAUUAUUGUGAUCUUCUCGAGUUUUGGUUGUGCUUUUUGA